UAGAGCUGCCAACUUGACAUAAAGUACCGUAAAUACUUUACCGGUGGAAACAGAAUCCAUUAAUAUCCAACGGUCAGUUCAUGACGUCUGGGACAGAGAAAAAAUGUGUGACUUUAAUGUUUGCGAGACGUCGCUGCUCGCCUCGUUACAGUUGAACGUAAUCUGUGUCAGGUUUCUGUGCCUUCAGGAAGUUACUGUGAUAAAACGGUUUGAAAUAAGCGCUUUAUUGAUCUUGUUAGUUUUAUUGUUUUGGAAGUGGCAUGCAUUUUGUUGUUUAUUUAACAGAGUCUGACAUACCGUCUGGAAGUUUCUACAGGGGGAAUACACACGAGAUAAGAGACUGAAACUUUAGCUAGCAGCAGUGAUUUAGAGCAUAGAAAUGUUUUUUUUUUUUUUUUUUUUUUUUUGUAGCAGUUUUUGUGUUUUAGGCAAUAACAGGAAAACACUCAAAUCCCAGAAUACAUGUGACAGCUUGAGCGCAGCUCUGAAAAUCCAGCAAAGACUUAAACUACAGGAUUCAGCCGAACCUCAACCGAUGCAGAUUCGAAAUAUUCCAAAACGUCGAUUGAAAUUUAAGUUGAAGUUGCACGUAAAGGUUUCUUUGCUUACUUUGUGUCUUCUGAAGCCCAAAUAAGAAACUUUUGUUGCAGAAUCACAGAAAGCUUUCUCUAAAAUUAGUUCGACUGUUAAACCAACCAGUGUGCUGCUUCGGAGUCGCAUGCUAGCCGAGCGGCACGGCCUUUGACUGCUCCCCUCCACAUUGUGGUUGCAUGAAAAACUUCACAACAUACUCAGAAAUAAGUCUGGACUUAUAAGUGUUGCUCACAACUUCCAGCUUGCUGUUUGUUCAUCACCGUCUCUGUGGUUUCACUCGCAUUUCAAUGUUUCACGUACACAAAAAUGCAUGCUUGUGUUUUUUUGUUUUUGUUUUGUUUGAGUUUUGUUCGAUUUGAGUUUAUUAAAAAAUGAUGUCAUUCUCAUUUCUCUCAUGUCUGAGUCUUUUCACUUUAAUGAAGGGAAGUUGGCAUUUCGAUAAAGUGAGCCUCCAGAUUACUUUAUCGAAACCAGGGCCUAAACUCACGUCAGGCCCUGGUUUAAGGGAAGAACCGUGGCUCCCAUUACAGGUCAUGACAUUUGAAUGCUCCAUGCGGUUCGUUCCUCUUACGCCGUGUGACGGGGAAGACGUUUUGUCUGCUUUUGGAUUUGUUUCUUUCCUUCCUUUUUUUUUUUUUUUUUUUCAUUGUCUGAUCGUUGAUAUGUCCAUAUUAGUGCUUCCUGUGCCAGAACUCAUUACGUGCAUUAUCUUUUUAAUUGGCGGGCAUCUGGUCAGAGUUUCUUGUAAUCUGCAGCAAUUACUAACCAGCUUUGUCAUUGAACCACCAUUACAGAUCAUUACAAAUAAACUGCCUACAAACCUUGUAUGUCCAGAACUGAUUAACUUUUUUUCUUUUUUUUUUUCAGCACUUUGACAAAACAACAUAAAGUAGUGCAUAGUUGUGAAGUUGGCAACACAGUUUGACAAAGACUGUAUGAAGUUUAAAGUGUGUUUGUAUUUACUGUUGCUGUGGUUGCAAGUGGCUUUGGGUUUCGUCAUCACCUUCUUUGCACAUCUACACGUUAAACGUUUGUUUUCUCAUUCAGCAAUUGUAUUUAAGUCUCUACUUUGACUAGGACAUUCUUAUAAGUAAAUGGUCUUUGAUCUAAACCAGGUGUCUGCAACUUUUAAAAUUCAAAAAGCCAUUUUUUGUUACCUCAGUCCAGUUAAAUAGAACUCAUUUAGAGCCGUUUCCCUUUAAAAAAGGAAAACUUCUUUAUAAGCGCAAUUUUAUGGAUGCAUUUUUUCUUUUUUCUUUUUUUGCUUGGGUGAAUGUUUACAAAAAAAAUUGCAACCUAAUCAGAAAAAAUAGAUGAAAGGAAUAUAAGACUAACACUUUAGGUAUGACUCAGCAAUUCAGUUACUGUAUUUCGUAAAAAUACAGUAACUGAAUUAGCUAAAGUUACUAGUAAGCCGUUGAGGGAAGGUCCAAACUGACUCCUGAUCCGAACCAGUCCGUUUUCCUUCCUGUGCCGUUCCGGUCGAGUCUAAUCUCGAAGCCGACUGUAGAACAACGGUCUGGUUUUUACCGGCCCAGCAGUUCUCCAACAGUGAACUUUACAGCUUUAAUCAUCCUGCUUAUUAGGAAUUAGGUAAUAUAGAUGUAACGUUUUUAUUAGUAUAUGGUCAAACUCUUUAUAAUCCCUCAAACAGUGAAGUAACAUUUUAUCAGUGCAUCAAUUACUAUAAAGAGUCAGAGCAAACACUCCUACUGCUUUAAAAAUAAAACACACCUAGACUUCUUCAGUACCACUGUGCUGCUAAAUGCACUUUUGUCAAUCAUCUUUUCAAAUAUAAUUAUUGGAUGCUCUCAGAACCAACUGUGGGGGGGAAACGGUUCACACAGCUCCAGCCUGUACAACUCUGACUGAAUACGGGGGAAAGUUUUCUUCACCUAUGAAGAUCAGCUAACAUCUGAAAACAUCUACCUUAACUAGAUGACGUGUUUUCUAGUCUCUCUAUUUAACAUUACAUGUUUCUAGACUGAUCCAUUUAAGAGCUCUGGUGUGUUUAGGGUUUCUGCUGCCGGACGGAUCUACUGUGACUUUCUUUUAAACGGUUGUUUUCAUCUGUGACUGCAGCUAAUCCAGCGUAGUCACCAUGGGCCCAUUGACUGCUGCUCUGAAUAAAGUUCUCCUGGAUCAGCCUGUGAGUUCAGGUCCACACACACGUCUUGAGCGCAUCAUGAACCGCCUGCUGCUGGGAGCCGUGCUGCUGGAGAAGCUGGCCCUGUGUGUCACAGCUCAAGAGAUGCUGGCUCCACCUGGACAGGUGAAGUUUGAGUCCAUAGACUACAAGAACAGCCUGCACUGGGCCGCACCCACAAACAGCUCCUGCCUGCAGUACUAUGUCCAGUAUAAGAUUUACGGCGAGCUGGACUGGCUGAACGCCAGUAACUGUCAGGGCAUCCACAGGCACCACUGUAACCUCAGCGGCGCCACCUCCGACGUCAGAGAGUGGUACUACGCCCGGGUGCGAGCGUCGUGUGUGGCCACCAGCAGCAAAUCGGCCUGGGCCAUGUCCCGCAGAUUCAGCCCCCGCUGGGACACCAAAAUCAGCCCCCCCACGGUGAAGCUGAACUUGUCCAAACAGGGCGUCGUGGUCCAAGUGAAAGCCUCCAGAGUGUUGAUGCGCAAGGUGCACAACGGCGUGGACAACAACAUCUACGUCGUCCACCCUGGUGGAAAGGAGGAAGUUUAUGAGGUGGCGAGCGGCUCCAGGCUGACUCUGACAGAACUGAAGCCCAGGACACGCUACUGCGUCCAAGCACAGACCGUCGUCCCCCGGCACAUGAAGAGUAGCGAUCGCAGCACCGCGGAGUGCAUCACCACAGACUGAUCACACACAGACGCCGGUUGACUCGAGUCGUCUCGUCACUCCAGUCCUCACCCCCUACCUCCACGGCUGCAGACACGGGUGUCUGAACUCGGAAAACUGGUGCGAUUAAUGGAAUCUCUCGAGGAGCUUUUUUUUUAUUUUAUUUAAAGUCGGUUGCUAAAACUUGAAACUUUCUAGAUUGACAUUUUGGAGCAUUUUCUGCUGAGGAUCACUGUGAAAUUCAUUUCUUUGUGACGUUGUUGUAACUAAGUUUGGUUAUUUUAUUUCGUUUGUUUUGGAAGCUGAAGUGAAAACAUGAAGACUAUUUUAUCUACUGAAAUAUUUAUGCACAAGUUUAACAUUAUUUAGAGGAAACAACCUUUUGACAUUUUGUUGUUUUUUUUUUUAUCUCAAACAAAUGAGAACGUACGAAUGUUCCUGGACGUUUUGGACACGGCGUUUAAGAAAAAAAAUGAAGAGUACCGGAGCUUCUGUUUGAGAUUAAAAACAAAAAAUGUUUUAUACCUCAUCUUUGUCCUGCAUGCAUCAACUCACUAAUAAAAAGGAUUCAUUUCCUCUUUUAAAAGUUAAUUUGUUUGUGUGUUCAGUUGUUGCGCUGCUGAAAGGUCAAAAUCGUCUUGUAGGAGAGUUUUUAUAUCCCGGAACGUUCUCGUGUUUUGUCAAACUUAAAACCACAAGGUUGGUUGUAUUUCAAUAAGAUAAAAUAAAAAUAAAAUAAAAAAAAUCAAAGAAGACGACAAUAGGCUUGAUGUGGACUUUAUUUAAAACGUUGAUAAACAUGAUAACUCUUGAUCGAUCAGGCAUGACAUAGCCAAUACUGUCAGGAUAAACACACACGGCUCACUGAAACAGAUCUGAACCCGGUCAGUGUCAUCAGCAGUCUUUAAAAAA